CGUAGUGACUGGUGACUGUGAGCUCUGUCCGCGAUGGCGGCGCCGGUGUGUGUGAGAUUAUUUCUCCCCGGAUCUCACUGCUGCUUUCGGUUAUGUUCGACAUCUCUCCGGAGAAUCACGAGUCCGGUUCUGACCCGCAGUCACAGGCUCGGCCCGACGGAUGAUGAGAUGUACCAGCGCACCACGGUGACGGUGAUGCAGAAGGAGCCCGGCAGCGGUCCCAUCAUCUACAGCUACAGCUCACGGGGCUUCAACAUCGACGGGAACAAGGUGAUCGGACCCUGCGCCGUCGUCCCUCCGGCUAUUCUACAGUGGAACGUGGGAAGUCAUGAAGACAUAACGGUGGAGAGUUUGUCUCUGUUCUACCUGCUGGAGCCGCGCAUAGAGGUGUUGGUUCUGGGUACAGGAGCCCGUACAGAGCGUUUGGACCCCAACGUUCUCUCCUUCAUCAGGAAGAAAGGCAUUGCAGUGGAGGUGCAGGACACGCCGAACGCCUGCGCCACCUUCAACUUCCUGACCAGCGAGAGACGGAUCACAGCAGCCGCUUUGAUCCCGCCCCCUCCGCCGACUGCGGCGACAUCAGAGUGACAUCAGUGUGUGUGUGUGUGUGUGUGUGCUACUGUAAUACUGUGUAUAAUAAAUGUGUUUUUGAAUA